AUGAUUGCUUAAAACUCAACAUCUCAUAGAAUGAGUUAGGGUAAACUUUCAAGUUAUACAUCUUAAACUUCUAGAACAAAUGCUAAAUGCAUAGAGGCACCAUUAUUUUGCAAGUAGAUUCAAAAAAAAAAAAUAAUUUCUUAGAAAUUCUAGAUUUGA